AUGGACGUGAAGCGGGACGAGCUCGUGCGUCUCGUAAUGGCCCUCAGUAGCGCCUGCCAACAGGACAAGAACGUGCUCAAGGACGGCGAGCUCGUGGACGCGCUCGAGACGCACGGUCGCCAGAUCGCGCACCUUCGCAAGCAGCAAGAGACAGACCAGACGAUUGAGGACGUCAAGAAGCAGCUGGUGGCUACAGACGGCGUCUUGAAACGCCGAAAACUAUCGCUACAGACGGAUCCUGCGAGCAGCUCCGACCCGAUGGAGGCUUUUGAUGGCAGUUACGAGGAUGCACCGACGAGGUUGCGUCGGUUCCCAUCUACUACUGCAAGCGAGUCGAUGGAUGAGUGGACCUCGCCCUUGCAGAGUAGAAACAAGACCGUGUCGACGAUGGACUCUGUCGAUGCUGAGGCUCAGGAUUGGUUUAAGACGCCCUCGACAGGAGCAGUGACGGGCGGGGUGAGGGAUGAGGCAGUCAUGGUGAACCCAGUGAAGAUGUGCCAGCACCAUCACGUGCGUCGCGACGUGUCUCCUCAGAUGAAGCUUUCCCCCGCUGUGGGUCCUGCUUCGUCUCUGAAGCGAGAAUUCUACCGUCCAGCUUCGCCGGAUGCAGUGGAUCUGACGGCGUCCACGACUUCGACCAUGGCUUCGUACUACGAUGACAUGUACAGCGACUACGCAGUGGGUUCCGAGGCGAUGCAGCGGCACACUCGCUCGGUCUGUGAUCGCACAUCGUCCUUUGAAACGAUGGACUGGAGACCGUCGUGCGAUGACCGGAACGGCAUGGGCUCGUCGUUCCGAAGCAUUGCAGAUGAUGCUGUCCAGCAAUCGCCUGUAUCUAGAUCAGUCUAUCACCAGAGAUUGAACCAUGCUGAGGACGCGCAGCUCAAUGUUUUCGAUCUGCAUUCUGGAAGCAGUGCCAAUGUCUGCUAUUCUGCAAACGAAGGACAACCUGCUGGCGACGUGUCACCGCGCACGAACGUUUUGAAGCGAAAAAACAAACUGCGCGUCGCACUAAGCACGACGGAAGUCGUGAUGGAGGUGCUAUACGGGAUCAUGGAGCACAAUGAGAAAUUCAAAUGGUUGAUUGACCCAGUGAAUCAAGCUCGUGUGGCUUUACUGGUCGAGUAUCACCUGAAGGAAUGGCGAAAUGGUGACACGUCAGUGUAUGAAGACGAGCAGCUCGUUUGUGAACUCCGUGCCCAAGUAGACGAGCUGAUCUACAAAAAUCUCAAGAUACAGACCGAGAAUGUCCAACUCACGAAGAAAGUGUCACAAUCUAGGGCUAUCGACAUAAAUAUUGAAGAACUCAGGCGACGUCUUGCGCUAAGCGAGGAGGCUGUUAGCAUGCACGAGGGAUAUCGCCGCGAAUCUGAAGCGGCCUUUCAAAGCGAGCUACAAAGCAAGUCGGAGCUUGUGGCUCGUUUCCAGCAGGACGUUGCAAAGAAGGACUCUCAGAUUGCUUUGCUGCUGCAGAAGGAUGCUCAGCCGUCUGCGUACAGUGCAACAAAUUGCGAUGAAGUCUCUCGACUUCAAGAGGAGGUCUUGGAGAAGGAUCGUGAGAUCUGUCGUCUGAACCUUCAGCUGUCCACAAAGCGGGAACUUGUCGCCGAGAUCGCCAAAAAAGUCGCACAGCAUCUGGAAACGACGCUGAAUGUAUCUUCGAAAGAGACGACAGCGGCACUCGUACAGGGCCUCCGUCUCGAUAUGGACAUGCUCCUGUUCCAGAGUGUAGCAGAGAAGCAGAAGGUGAUUGACGAGCUGAAGGCGUCUCUGUUGUCUGUGCAGCGUGAAGUGAGUGGGCUCGAAGCCCAGCUGGCUGAGAAGGAGCACAACACGCUACAACUGAAGACCAAGUUCAAGUCGAUGUCUUCGCGUCUGACUGGAGCUAACGUGAACAUGUCCCGCAUACAGUCUGAGAACGACCGAUUGGUGGCGGCGUUGAAGGAGAAGCAAAGGAAGAUGCACGCCCUCCUUGAGUUUUUGGAAGGAAAAGAGAAGCAGGUGAUGUACUUGGAACAGCAGGAGCAUUUACGCCAGACGGGAUUGGAGCAUGUUGUCACAGAACACGAGCAGCUGCAGUGCUAA